CGGUUUGUUGGUUUUGGUUUGAAAAAGUGUGUUUGAGAGAGAGAGAGAGAGAAGGGGGAAGGGAGGAGAGAGACAGAGAGAGAUAGGUGGAUUGUGGUGGGUCGUUUUUUUUGGUUGCCGUUACAUGGUAGAGUGGCGAUGGUGAGCGACGAGGAGAUAGUCUCGGGGCUGGAGACGCUGCUCCGGCAGGCAGACUUCACCGUCACCACCUCCGGCGACAUCCGUCAGCAGCUCGAGCGCAAAUUGGGGGUCGACCUCUCCCACAAGCGUGCCUUCAUCCGUAACCACAUCGACCUUCUCGUCCAAACCAAGAGCUUCCCUACAUCUGGCCACCACCACCAACAGCAGCAGCAGCAGCAACACGCCCAUGUCCACGCCCACGCCCACGCCCACGCCCACGCCCACGCCCAGGCUCAAGCUCAAGCUCAAGCUCAAGCUCAUGCUCAUGCUCAUGCUCAAGCCCAGGCCCACGUCCAUGCCCAAGCGCAGGCGCAGGCGCAGUUCCAUCUCCACCACGGUCAUGGCCACGUCCCUGGUGUUGGUGGCAUCGGCGUCUCGCCGUUCCCACCGAACUGCGGUGGCCUUGUAGAGAUGCCUCGGUUUGAUGGAAAGGGGAAUUUCAGCUGCCCAAACGUCAAGGUGGACAUGCCUCAGGCCUCUGUCGUUCAGGAGUUACCCAAGGAAAGCAGCCCCAGGAAAGUUCCGAGUAAUACUGCAGCUGGUGGCAAACGAAGAGGUGGUGCAGGUGGUCUUAAUAAACUUUGUGGUGUUUCUCCUGAACUGCAGGCUAUUGUUGGUGAACCAGCCAUGACACGAACUCAGAUUGUGAAAGAGCUUUGGGCCUACAUAAGGAAAAAUAAUCUUCAGGAUCCAAGUAACAAGAGAAAGAUUAUUUGCAAUGAUGCAUUGAGGCUGGUGUUUGAGACAGAUUGCACUGACAUGUUUAAGAUGAACAAGCUUUUGGCAAAGCACAUUUUGCCACUUGAUCCAGCAAAAGAUUCAGGUCCUGACCCUAAAAGGCUGAAAGCAUCAUAUGUAGGAUCUCUAGCUCAAGGCCCUGCAGUUGGUUCAUCUCCUGUUAUAAUAUCUGAGGCACUUUGUAAGUUUUUUGGCACUGGAGAAAGGGAAAUGCCUCAGACUGAAGCUAUUGAACGAAUUUGGAAUUAUAUACAGAUGCACCACCUACAGGAUCCAAUGAACUCAAUGGUAACAUGUGAUUACAGGCUUCAAGAGCUUUUUAAUUGUGAAAAGUUCCCUGCACUGGGCUUGUCUGAAAUGCUGUUACACCAUUUCUUGAAGAGAUGAUGUGACAAAAUGUGAACUCUGGUUAGUUAAAUUAGGUUUUUCCUUUUUCUACUUUAAUAGAAGAUUUGUGCUAACUUUCAGAAUUGUCUGAUAAGUUCUUCGGCCUUGUAGUGGGAUGUGUAUAUCAGCAGAUGUGCUGAAUAUUGCAAGUCCAAGAUGACCCUCAUCACACUUCCAGUUUGUCAUUUGUUUUUUUCUUGAUAAUUAGCUGCUGGGCUCAGUUUGCGUACUUCAAGACUGGAUCUUAUGCAAAGCAUUUGCAAGCUAGGACUUGUUUAUCAGCAACUGGAGCAAGUGUUCCCAUUACUUUUAGGAUUUAAUGUGUAAUAUGACUGAUACCAUGCGAUAGUACGAAUACUGCUCUGCUGGCAGCACAGUCCUGUAGAUUGGAUAAUUGAGCUUGUUUCUAAUCCAAAGGCACGAACCCAUGUCUUGUCCUAA